AUGGGUCGUAAGAAGGCUGUAGCAGACGACCUUCUAGCCGACAUCCCCAACUCUAUCACCGCACAACCUUCACCAUCCCAGUCUCAGUCAAAGCCAAAGCCGAAAAGACUGAAAAAAGCCCAACCUAAGGCAACGGUAACUCAGAUCGACUCUGAGGACACCUUGCUGAUCUCCAAAAUUGCUGAGGCCAAAAAAAGUGCCUCAAUCGCCGAAAAGAGGCCUACUGAGGCUACUCCCUCUGAAUCAACCCAGUCAAAGAAGCUGAGGUCAGAGUCUGCGACAGCCUCAGGGUCUAUGAAAUCAGAUGCCCCUUGGGCUCCGCCAAUUACAAUUGAGGACAAGCCGGCGAUCCAGCAUGGCCACUCCUUCGCGAUGCAAACCUUUAACAUCAGGAAUAAGUUGACCGACAAGACCAAGGAGGCUAUUAGCUUGCAGAAGACCAUUAAUAGGGCUGAGGCUAAGAUGAAGACUCUAAUAGACCAAGCCAAGAAAGCUAACAAAGCUCAGGAUGAGGCCGAGAAGAGGACUGGGGCCGCUGAAGCCAUUGCCAAAGUCCUCGAAUCCGAAAAGAAAGAGGCCGAGGCAAAGACCGCCGAAGAACAGGCAGAGCUUAUUGCUGCCCUGGCCACAAAGGAUGCCGAGAUCAAAGCGGCGGAUGAGAAGGCGUAUGCCGAGGAGGAAGCCGACGUCAAGGAAGAUUACAAGAAACAAGUGAAGCAGGAGUUGGCUAUCCCCGAUGGCUCUCCCCUCAAGAACGCCAGCAACCUCGUCCUGCCAUUCCCCGCUACUCCAAGCCAAUUCGAGGAGGAGGCUGAGUCCGAGGAGGAAGUUGAGGCCGAGAAGAACGAAGAGGCUGCUGGGGCCAAUAGUAGCAACAGUAAUGGUAGUGGCAUGGUGGUGGUGGUGGUGGUGAUGGUGAUGGUGAUGGUAGCGGUAGUAAAUGAUUGUGGUGUUUAUGGCAAUAAUGACAAUGAUAAUAAAGAUGAUGGUAGUAGUGGUGGCGGCGAUGACAUGGCGGUGGUAGUGAUGGUAGUAGUGGUGGUGUCAUGA